CGGCGAAAUACAACAAGCUGCUGAUCUUCCUUUGUCAUCGGGAUAUCCUCCACUAUGGCGACUUCAGGGGCUGCGGCGCUCGUGAUGCCCGCGCUGAAGCGGCACACGUCGACAGUUAUUGUUGCUCACGGCCUCGGCGAUAGUGGUGCAGGAUGGUAUUUCCUCGCUGAGGAGUACAGACGUCGCUCCCUGUUCCCAGAGACCAAGUUUGUCUUCCCAAAUGCACCCCAAAUUCCGAUCACCGUCAACAUGGGCAUGCGAAUGCCGGGAUGGUACGACAUUGCAGAUUUCGGAGAUCUCGCCAACCGUAGCGAAGACGAAGCCGGCAUUCUUCGAUCGCAGAAAGUGUUCCACACGUUGAUUGAGGAGGAGAUCAAAGCUGGUAUUCCAACAGAGCGCAUCGUUCUGGGUGGGUUCAGCCAGGGAGGAGCAAUGAGUUUGAUGGCGGGCAUAACUUCACCAACAAAGCUGGGUGGAAUCUUUGGACUUUCCUGUUAUCUGCUACUCAAGGGCAAGGUUCGGGAACUGGUGCCCAAGGACAGCCCGAACCAGAAAACUCCAAUCUUCAUGGGCCACGGUGAUGCAGAUCCGGUUGUCAGAUAUGACUGGGGCAAGAUGACGGCGGACCAAUUGAAGGAGUGGGGCUGGGAUGUGUCGUUCAACACAUACAAGGGGCUACCGCACAGUGCGGCGCCGGAGGAGAUUGAGGACUUGAAGAACUACUUGUGUUCACGAAUUCCAGACCUUGGUGACAAACCUCUAGCUGGAUCCAGCGGUAGUCUCUGACUCCCGGAGUGGGCCAGAGGGGCACUUGCACGCGAGCCACAUGAUGCUGGAGAAAUCAAA